AUGAAAAACCAAGACAAUUCGAAAUGUUCGACUAUAAAAUACCAAUUCACUUUAUUUGAACAAUUAUCCACAGAACUAUUUUACGAUAUAUUCGAAUAUUUUUGGACAGAAGAAAUUUUUCAUUCAUUUUCGAAUCUUAAUCAUCGAAUUAAAUCAAUCAUCGAAUUGUAUUAUGUCCAUCGGAUCAAUUUUCAAUCGAUACGCAAAUCGACUUUUCAUCUCAUUUGUCAAUCGAUUCUUCCUGAACGGGUUUCUUCAUUGGUUCUUUCGGAUCAAAAUGAUACAUGUGGUCAAUCGAAAUUCUUUUUAUUACAUUUUCAAAUUGAACAAUUUACAAAUCUCCGAUCAAUUAAAUUGAUAAAACUCGAACAUGAAUCAUUAUGCAGAUUAUUACCGAAUUUAUUUAAACUCAAACAAUUACAAUCUCUUUCAUUGAACAAUUCUACCAGAAUACAGAUGCAUAUUAAUUCUGAAGAUAAGAAAGUGCCACGUAUGCUCGAUUGGUCACCUUUACAUCAAUUGUGUAACCAAGUUUUUCCUCAAUUAACCAACUUAUCUACGAUUUAUACAACAAAUCUAACAACGGUGCAUUUUCCAAAUUUACUUCACUUGGACCUGUGCACCAUCGACAGAGAAGUUUAUAUCAGGAAAAUCUUUCAGCAUGCUCCUCGACUAAAGUCUCUUACGAUUGAUCUCAUUUAUUUCCGCGAAUUUACUAUGAAUCAACCGUGUUAUUCUUUGAAACAACUUAAUGUAACAAGUACACGUAAGUAUAAACAUCUAAAAUGA